AAGACCCCAAGUUUUCGCAACAAAGCCUCACUAACACCGCAUUUUUGGUGCUGAUAUCAAUUACACACAACAGGCUGGAGCCUUUCUCGAUUUGAUUCCGCCUCAACUUAUGCUUGUAGCUGACACGAAGUUCCUAAAACGAGCUCAACGAUGUCCGCGGGAUGCGCUCUGUCAUCCUAACCUCCCGACUGAACAAUGUCCUAUCUCAUUCCAGAUGUAGCCUCAUAACAUUAACCAGAGCUCCAAGGUCGUUCAUUCCUUUCUAUGGAAAUGGACACAGCACCGUCCAUCGGCGGUCGGCCUCUACACUCCCAUCGUCGCCUAUAUUCGAGGCUAUUGCCAAACACGACCCAAAAAGUCCGGCCAUCAUCCAUAGCGCAUCCAAUCGCAGUUUCUGCUAUGGCAGCCUGCUCCAUGAUGUCGCUGCGGCAAAAGAUAACCUGACUGCCAUGGUCAAUGGGCGACCCCUUGCCGGGGAAAGAGUAGCCUUUUUGGCCGAGAAUGGCUACGACUAUGUGGUGACGUUCCUUUCUAUCCUGUCUCACGACGCCAUCGCCCUGCCUCUGGCCCACACCCACCCCAACUCGGAGUUACGGUACGUCCUCGAGAACAGCGAGGCAGCAUUGUUCCUGGCGACGGAGAAGUUCCAAGAGAAAGCUAGAGAGGUGGUCAAAGAAGGCUUGAAUUAUACCCCAAAGUUGGAAAUCCUAAGCAAGAUCGAGACCGGAGCAGCGUCGGCGGGGGAUGUCAACUUCAGCUCCAGCUCGGUCGACAAGGGGGGUUUCAUGCUCUACACGUCGGGCACGACGAACCGGCCAAAGGGCGUAAUCCUGUCCGUGCCGACGAUGAUAGCACAAGCAAGGUCUUUGAUCGAAGCAUGGGAGUAUACACCGUCCGAUCUUCUCCUACAUGUUCUCCCGCUCCACCACAUCCAUGGCACGAUUAACGCACUUUUCACACCAUUGCUGGCUGGAGCGGCUGUGGAAUUUGCUUACCCCUUCAACGCGGAUACCGUGUGGAAACGUCUCGCCAUGCCUUUCUUUCCCCAAUCAUCACCGUCCAAACCGCCAAUAACGUUCCUGACUGCCGUACCGACCGUAUACAACCGACUCAUUGCGUCACACCCAACACUAAGUCCUGAGAUGCAAGAAGCGACCCGCACGGCCAUAACGCCGCAGUACAUGAGGCUGAACAUCUCAGGGUCUGCAGCAUUGCCGACGCCCACGAAAGCGGCCUGGACCGAGUUGAGCGGCGGCAACAUCUUACUUGAGCGCUACGGCAUGACGGAGGUCGGUAUGGCGCUGUCCUGUGGUUUGGCGUUCGAAGAUCGUGUCGACGGCAGCGUCGGCUGGCCUUUACCCUCCGUGGAGGCUCGGCUUGUCGAAAGCGAGACGGGCGAAGUCAUUGGAUUGGGCGAGGAGCUUGACAACGACGGCCGAGUACGCGAGGGCGAGAUUCAAUUGAGGGGACCAACAAUCUUCAAGGAAUACUUUCGUAACCCGAAAGCCACGGCGGAGGAGUUUGUGGAAAGUGAUGAUGGGGGUGGUAAGUGGUUCAAGACCGGUGACGUGGCUGUGCGACAGGUCGUCGAAGGUGCAGGCAAGGGUUUAGAACAGUCUUGGGCGAAAGGCCCAAUGUACUUUAUCCGAGGCCGCAAGAGCGUCGACAUAAUCAAGACGGGCGGCGAGAAGGUGUCGGCCCUGGAGAUCGAACGUGAAUUGCUUUCUUUGCCGGAGAUCGAGGAGGCUGCUGUCGUCGGGUUGCCCUCGGAGCAAUGGGGCCAGAAAGUCGCGGCGGUGGUUGUUCUAAGUGAGGCAGGCUUGACGGGCGGCAGGGGUGGCAAGCAAUGGGGCGUCAUGGACUUGAGGAGAGCGAUGAAGGAUAGGUUGGCGAAUUAUAAGAUUCCGCAGGAGCUGAGGGUUGUGAAGGCGAUUCCUAGGAAUGCGAUGGGGAAGGUCAAUAAGAAGACACUCAUCAAGGAUGUUUUCGAAUGAGAUGACGGGAUCAAAAAGGUGACAAAGAAAAGUUGUUGGCUAAACGGAUUUUCCCAUUUGAACAUUCAGCGUAGGCGUGAGCGUAAUCAAGCACAACUAUUCCAGUCACAGCCACAGAGAAAAAAGUAUGUUGAAAGAUCACUUUUA